AUGGGUUAUGAAGUCGAGAGAUUUAUUGAAUCUGUCAAUGCUGAGCUGAUAUGUGAAAUCUGUUCAGACGUUCUAGAGGAUCCUAUGGAAUGCUCAGUUUGUCAGACAAAUUUCUGUAAAACUUGCAUCGAAGAUUGAAGUAAGCGACGAAAUGAGUGCCCAAAGAGGUGCAAGCUUGCUCUACAGAAGCCACACAGGUUUUUAAAACAAAUCUUAGGGAAUCUGAAGAUUUACUGCCAAAAUAAAAACGAUGGAUGCGAAGCUGUGAUUAAUCUAGAAAAUCUGGUUAAACAUGAAAAUGAUGAAUGCCUCUUCAAGAGAGUUAAAUGUCGGUAUUUAGAUUGCAAUGUAUUUCUAGCCAAAAAUAUUAUUGAAGAACAUGAAAAAGAUUGCGUCAAAAGAACUAUAGCCUGUGGAGAUUGUGGAGAAGAAUUUAAAUAUAUCGACCUCGACAGCCACUCUUGUGUCAAAUUUUUAGCUGGGAUCGUCCAGACAUUAUCUCAAAUCUCGAAAGAAAACGAAAUAAAAAUCUUUGAGCUGGAAAGAAAAAUGAGAGAAAAUGGAAUCGACCAAAAUAUGGUACAUCCAGGAGUCAUAUGUAAUAAUUGCCAUGAUGAGCCAAUAGUAGGUACGAGGAAUGUAUGUUUGGACUGCCAAAAUUAUAAUCUCUGCUGAAAAUGCAAAGCUUUAGCCAAGCAUCCUCAUAAUAAUUUCUUUCAGCUUGCUCGAGCUGGAGAACAUGAAGGAGUCACUUGUGAUGGCUGCCAGAUAACUCCGCUUCGUGGGAUCAGAUUUAACUGCAAAAUCUGUGAAAAUUUUGGUAAUUUUUAUAUAGAUUUUUGCCAUGACUGUAAAUUAACUAUACCGCAUAAUCAUGAUUUUAAUAUUUGGGCACCUUAUUUCAUAUUUAUUCGGCCUGUCGGAGAAAUCCAAGUUGCUUUCAGAACUGGGGAUAUCAUGAUAAGGACAUUUGAAAUUGAAAAUUUAGGAAACGAACCUAUAAAAGAUAUUUUUAUGAACUGCGUUGCUGGGGAAUCAUGCAGUAUUUUAUAAUUAGUUCGGAGCUAUGGGCUUUCUUUUAACCUUGAAAUCCCUUCAAAGACAGUAAAAAUAUUGACGAUAAAAGAAAAAAUCACCAAAGUUGAGCCAGGGAGCUAUUUGGGAUUAUGAAGACUAUCCACGAUGGAAAGAAGGGCUUAUUUUGGGCCUGAAAUAAAGAUAGAAAUAAUGAUUAUCGAAUAA